AUGUCCAUACUAGUGCCUCAACUCGAUGAGGAUCAGGUGCUAAAUGCACUGGAUGCUCGAUUUUAUACCGAGACGUUUGAUCCUAUUGCGUACAUGUUUGAAAAUCUGCCAGAAAAUACCGAUGAUAUGAAGGCAUUCAUGCACACGGAGAUCAGUGCCGUGGACGUAGCAAGAGAUGUUAUUGAUACACAGCUACGAGCUGAUGUACAAGCGAAUCAAAGCACAUUACUUGAAGGUCUGAACGUCGUGCAGGAGGUGGAUCUGGACUUGAUACGAGCACAAAUUCACGUUAAAAAUGGACGGCGUCUUCUUGCAACAGCAAAAAAUGACCUUGUUCUCAGGUCUUUGGAAAUUAUAAAAAUCAAGAGAAAUCGAGACCGUGUCAAUGAGAUUAUUAGACUUGGAUCGCAAAUUGUCCUGUUCUUUGAUGAAGAAAAGCACAUGAAUGAAGCUUUGCAAGACCGCCGUUUUAUCACUGCUGUUGAUGUUUGUAUAGGCUUACGGAAAGCGUUAUCACGCAACGAGUUUCAAGGUCUUACGGUAGUAAAUGACAUUCGACUCCGAAUGAAAGACUUUAUUCCAAGAUUGAGAAAGAUAUUUGAUCAGUCGCUGCGGAAAGUCGCGGAGCACUUUGACCCUCUUGAGUAUAAGGAAUUGCUACAAGCAUACAUUACAUUAGCGGAUCACUGUGAAAAUCUAGGCUUUGAGUUCUCGUCAUAUACUCUGACCGAAGUACUGUCCAAUAUCCCUGAGAUUAUUGUUCUAGCAAUCGACGAUAUCAAACGUGAACUUAUGCGUCAGCUGUUCGAAGCUGUGUCGCCAAAACAAGCUAAAAAUGAAAAGAAUACAAUGCAGAUAGAAGAGAACGACGCAGACAACAAUGAUAAACCAGCAGAUGUAGCGCUUACACCGGCGUCCGAAACGGUCGAGAGUAUGAAGCGAUGCUACGAACACCUCACUGAUUUAAUGCACACAUACUAUCUAUUGGUUCAAUGGCAUCGGGAUCCAUUCAAUCCGCUCAACGAUGACAUUGCUUACCUUCAUCGCUGUGGAAUUGACGACGAUGAUGACGAUGAUGAUGAUGAUGAUGACGAUGAUAGUGGCGAAGAAAAUGAUCAUUAUGUGGAGGAGUGUCAUCAUUCUUACUCUUCAAAGCACCGCCACGGGAGCGACAUAUUGAAGGAGCCCAAGGUCCGAUCGCAUAAUUCGGAAAAUAGUAACCUGGAUUACUCUAGCUCACAAAUGCCACUUUAUAACCAAAUUUUAUGUGAUACGGGUAUGACUUUGCUGAAGUAUCGCAAGAUCGUUUGGGAAAAUAUUCAGCAAAACGUGCUCGAGAUGGUUGGAACGCUGGACACAUCAUAUGGCUAUCAGAUGGAGCACAUUAUUGCCCUUUCGCUAGCGACAAGAACGUUCACUGAAAUUGGGGAGGAAUUUACUGGUGUUUCCUUGUUAAAGAUUCGAUCGGUUCUUCAAGCCAAAUGUGAGCAGUAUCUCUAUGCGUUUCAUGACGACAAUAUUGAAUUGGCUCGGAUGCUUUUGGAGACAGAAAACUGGCUUCGCAUCACUACACCGUCAUCGGAUGGUGACGAUAAAUUAAGCCUUCUUCGGCUGAUUGAGAAGCGAAGUGGAUACUUUUUUGAACGGAAGGUUUGCAAAGACCUUGCGGCCAACCUUAUUUAUUUGAGACGAGUGUUUCCCUCAUUUUACACCGAAGGAAAUCCAUUCAGCGCUGCCAAUUCGAUGGAGUGGCUUUCAACGAAGCAAGGUAUUCGGUUCCAUCAUGAAACUAGUGGUGAUGGAAGUAGUGGUGAUAUGACAUUACCGUCAGAGCGUCAUAAUCAGACGCUUCAUGUCAUGGAUCUUGACGCAUCAGAGCUCGUAUUGACUUCGUCUAGUCUCUCAGGUUUUGUCCGGUUGUGCGGUGUUUACUUGAAAAUGAUGGAGUACCUUCCGCACAUCAGUUGGAAUGUUUUACACUCAUUGAUCGGUCUGUUCGAGUUCAACGUGUAUGUUGUUUUCACCAACUUUAUUCCUGUAGACGACAUCAUAAAGUUUUUUCACGGCAGACGUGGAAGUCUAGUCAAGAACGAUGCAACGCGGUGGAACGAGUUACGCUCUGCAGUUUGUCGUACAGCGGAUGAUAUUAAAGUCGGUGAUGUACUGCUCCAAUCUUCUGUAAUAAUCUACCCAUCGGCAACAUAUGACGAAAAAGCGGACCAGCUGCAGAACUCGCCUAUGCUGAGAAAAGUGACUUUGCGGAAAGUGACUGGAACGCCAUCGGCCGUUGAAGAUGCUGACGAGAGCAAUUUGUACGCGCUAGCCGAACGAUCGAUUGCUUGCGAAACUGUUAUCGGUCAGUCCAGGCUACUGGAUGCUAUCGAAGACUUGGCUCGGUCGUAUCUUCCUGAUCGGUACCUAUGCCUGAUGGAUGAAGUUUACGAACGAAAUCGUACCGUAGCACAGGAACUUUGCAGUUUCAUGUACAGUACAAUUGCAACAAGACUUGUGGACGUUCCAGCCCUGCUAGAAUCCGUAAGUGCAGUGUCUUGGGAUAUUAGCUACAUCAGUGAUCAGCACAACGAGUAUAUUGUGCAUUGGGUACGAAAUUGUGGAGAAGUAUGGGGAAGACUGCAGAAUCUGGCGGACCGAUCUAUUCCGGUCGACGCACGGGAGGAUGUUUGGGCGGCAAUGGUACAGACUAUCAUGGAUACGCUAUUGCAGGCAUUUUCAACGGCCCCCAAUCCGACACCUCAAGGUCGCGCACUUAUGUUGCUGGACUUGCUUGCGCUCGAAAACGGCCUCGAUCUGAUUAACCACGUCAGUUCUCGAACUGUACCACGGGGUCGCGAGUAUGUGAGCAACUACAUCAAGGCCUUCUUCUACGACGAAUACGAGCUUUUGGAAUGGGUUCAAGAUAACAAGGCGUUCUACUCGAAGAUCCAAUUUGCCAACCUAAUCACGAACGGCAUUGGUCCGACACUAGAGAGAAAGAAACUCCGCGAACUUGUGUUGGAGAUUGAUGCAAUCAUUGGUUGA